CCCACUGAAAACUUCGUAACUUCAAACAUACCUACAUCCUUAGUUAUCUUUUAAAACAAAUCCCGACCCGAAAAUUGUGUAACUGAACUUUGUGCGUUUACUUUCUAAAGUUUGAAGUGUAGUUGCAAUUCUUUUGAGUCAUCAUCUAAUCCGCAGCAAUGAAAAGUAUACGUUUACGGUAAUUCCUAGCAAUCAUUACGCGUGUGAAAACACGAGUCAGUCGCCAGGUGGCCACCGCUUCCCAGGAGUCAGCCCAAUUUAACGUCGCGAGUAAACCAACUACGAUGACCUAUCACACAGUAUGGAGGUGAAGAAAGAAAAGCCAGGCAGCCUAUCACCCGUGAGGCCAGUAUUCAAGAGAGACAGUGGCGACGAGGGCAAGGGGUCCAGGUCCAGCAGCAAGUCUGAAAAGGAGAUCAAACUACCACCAGAGAAGUCACCCAGUGACGACGGUACGCUGAGGAAGGAGCGAAGACUGUCUAAGACUUCAGCGUCAGAUAGCUCGAAGGACACUUUUGAAAGACAAGACUCGAAAUCGACGUCGCUGUCGAGUCCAAAGGUAUCGCGCAAGUACUUCACGAACUGGCGGCAGGCAUGUGACAAGACGAAGGACAAGACCAAGGAGCUGCUGAAGCGGUGGAGGACGCUCCCGGAGGCCGAGGCGGCCGACGACCAGAUGCAGGCCCCCGGGAACAGUGAGGAUGAAAAGCACCACGGGUGGAGCGUGCAUGUCUGGACGACGUGGGUGAACCGCUGCAGUGAGGACCUGGAGUGUCUCGACCUGGAGGACGAUCAGCCGUUGGCGACCUUGUCCUCUGUGCAGACCGACAAGUUCACGCUGUUCUUCACCGAGCUGCUAGACCACGACCGCGAUGACGUCAUCUGCGACCAGGACUUCGACAACUUUUUUGAGAAACUUGCACAUUUUGCGGACUGGGCCACCAACACGUCGGAGUUCCAUAUCUUGCUGGAGGUGAAACGGGAGUUCAUCGAACACUUCAUCAAGCCACUGCCAUCAAAAUGGGGUGAACUUCCAUACUACAAGCGCAUCUGCGGACCUGAAGCUGACGGCGGGUUCGAAGGUCGGACCACGCUGGAGAGUUGGCUGGCUCGCUGGGCGCUCCACCUCAGCCAGAUGAAGCGGUUCACUGACCUGCCACUGUACCUGCAGUACCUCUGCAAGAUCCUGUUCCAUGUCGUCGAUAGAAAUAGUACAGGCGAGAUCACGAAGCCAGCUCUGGCUGCGUUCUACCGCUCGGUGAUAGGGCUGACUGCUGCCAGGGUAGAAGAGAUCAUCGACACUGCUUACGAUCGCAUGACUAGCAACGGCUACUUGAUCCUGGAUUAUGGCACUUACGUCCACUGCUUCACAAACUGGUUAAUGGGCAAGAACCCCAACGGUCCGGGCCAGUGGGUGCUGGUCCCGCCUAAGGACUCCCUCCCGCAGCCACCAUUCCCGGUCGACUACAGUGCCCUCAACACAGAACCAGCCAAACUGGAGCCCUACAUCCCUGACAAGAAGACUAACAGGCAUUCCGUCAUAGUGUGAUGCACAAAUAGCCAAUUGACAACAUUUCAAAUUUUUAAGCCGUGGUUUUUUUGUGCUAUUUCAAAAGUACUUGUUUAAAUAGAAGACACGUAUUUUUUCUUUUCAAGAUUUUUCCACUAGAAGUUACAAAAAAUAUUUUUUUAAAAUUGGAUUCUGCCAUUGAUAGAAUGAAGGCAGUAUACUGUAAUGUACCUUUGCAUGCGGUAUUUAAAACAAGUCGCAAACAAAGUGUCAUGUUAUGUAUGACAUUUACUUUUUUUAUAAUUUUUAUGUAAAGGUCUGAACUUAUUAUGCCUUCCUCUUCUGACCUCGUGGAUUUUUCAAUAUAUUUCUAUUAUUACUGAAUUAAAAAAUCUGAAAAAAUGUGUUUUGUGUAAAUCAUAGAAAUAUCUCGAAAUGGUUUUCGAUUUAAGGCACCUUAGUAAAAAUGAAAUGUUGUCAAUUAUCACUAACCUCUUGUUACCGUGUUGCUAACGUCUUUGGAAGUAUAAGCAUAGAAUAAGGAAUAAUACUAC